AUGGCUUGUCCUAAAGGAUUUAUUUGCUGUGGUGAUACCUGCUGCCGGCUACCUGAGUCCUACGGCACCUUGAAGCUCUUCACCACUGUCAUCCUCUCCGUCCUGCUCUUCCUGUGUCUCUGCGGUGUGUUCAAGCACUUUUGUCGCAAAUGCAAGGAGCCAGAGCCAGAGCUGGACCUCUCAAUGGAUUACAGUGUGGAUCCCUACACGAGGCAGCCCGGACCCUACCCCGAGGAGAUCAGAGCUCCCAUUCCUGAGAACCCACCUCCUUACGAUGAGGUCAUUCUGAAGCCUAACCAGGACCUGCACCCCAGAGAGCCGCCCCCACCCUAUAGCUUCAGGCCUGAAGGAAGUUGGGGGAUGAACAGGGGCAUCGACAACCCGGCCUUCUGA